GCGCAAGCGCCAGUGCCUUCCUAGCGCCAUCAUCGCGUUCUCUCUAUCUAGCUUGCCUUGCCGUUCUUGCGUAGGGGGCGGGACGAAGGUUGUCAAUUGGCCUGUUUUCGUGUCAGUCAAUGAGAUGGAUGCGGUGAUUGGCGGCAACCCGGAGGGUAGUGGGUUGAGGUGUAAGCCCUGAGGAGGCAGCGUUUUCUCGGCUUCUGUCUGGUUCUCUCUCUCCAGAAGGUUCUGCCGGUUCCUCCAGCUCUGGGUUCUCGGCUUUGCAUCGCGCCGCCAUGAUGGGCCAUCGUCCCGUGCUUGUGCUCAGUCAGAACACAAAGCGUGAAUCUGGAAGAAAAGUUCAGUCUGGAAACAUCAAUGCUGCUAAGACGAUUGCAGAUAUCAUCCGGACAUGUUUGGGACCCAAGUCCAUGAUGAAGAUGCUGUUGGACCCAAUGGGAGGCAUCGUGAUGACCAACGAUGGCAAUGCCAUUCUUCGAGAGAUUCAAGUUCAGCAUCCAGCAGCCAAGUCCAUGAUCGAAAUUAGCCGAACCCAGGAUGAAGAGGUUGGCGAUGGGACCACAUCAGUAAUUAUUCUUGCGGGGGAAAUGCUGUCUGUGGCUGAGCACUUCCUAGAGCAGCAGAUGCACCCAACAGUGGUGAUCAGUGCUUACCGCAAGGCAUUGGAUGAUAUGAUCAGCACCCUAAAGAAAAUCAGUACCCCUGUUGACGUCAGUAACCGUGAUAUGAUGCUGAACAUCAUCAACAGCUCCAUUACAACGAAAGCAAUCAGUCGAUGGUCUUCAUUGGCUUGCAACAUUGCCCUGGAUGCUGUCAAGACAGUACAGUUUGAGGAAAAUGGUCGGAAGGAGAUUGACAUUAAAAAAUAUGCAAGAGUGGAAAAGGUAAACUUUUUCAGUGUGUGCUUUGGGGACAAAUUAUUUCCUAGCACAAAUUUUCCCAUUUCUGGAGGAAAUAAUUUUAAAUCAGAGCUACAUAUCUUUAGUUAA